AUGAUGACGAGUGCCGACCAAGCCAUCCAGCGGCUCAAGGAGUCCAAGCCUCCCGCCACCGACCGCUUCACCUACCUCACAAUCAUCGACAAGUCUCUGUCGCCCGAUAUCCUCCCCGCGCUUCAGGAGAUACUGGAAGAUGUCGAACUCACAGGCGACAUUGGCUGGGACCUGGUGGAGAUGCUGAUUGCCGUGCCGGGCAGCGACGAGUGCCUCAGGAGCAUUGCUCGCCUCGGCAACCCCCGCGAAGUCAUCCUCAAGGUGCUCCAGGUCAUGGACGCCAUUGCCGGCGCCGAGGACGAGGGCGCCGAGGCGGACAGGGCGUUUGUGACGCUCUGCGGCAUGCUCGGCAUCCUUCACUCGAGGUUGCAGGUCAAGGCACCCUCGCGCUUCCUGCACACGACUCUCGAAACCGUCUACCGCUCCUACGAUCCCUCCAGCGCCGAGGCCACCGCCGCCGUCAUCGCCCUCGUCCGCUCCAUGUCGGGCCAGAAGCGUCCGCCGCUGCCGACCCGACAGUCGAGCACCCUGCUGGAAACGCCGUUCCAGCAAGGCGACUCGACAAGCAGUGCGCCAGACCCAGAAGCUGACCAUUCCGAUUCCCCAAACGCAAACGAGCCCGAAGCCAUGAAGCGUCUCCUUCAGUCUUUCAUCACAUGUGUCAUCGAGGCCUACGUCAAUUCCAACGGCCUGGAAUGGGCCUCGAGGCUUCUUGAGUUUACGUAUCCAGAGAGGAUAGUGCCCGGCAGAAUCACCAUGAUGCAAGCAUUCAAGCAACAAGACGAGCUACGGGCCAGGGAUGCCCUGGUCGGACAGCUGGUGGCAGCCGCUGGCGAUCUGGACCUUCCCUAUGGCUUCCUCCCCAGACUCGACGAUGCUCUGCAAGGGCCGAUCCGCAGAGAUCCCUUAUCUGCCGACGUCGACCCCCAGAAGCCAGAGGAAAUCAAGCUGUCGACGGGUGGCUUGCUAUGCCUCUUGGCCUACUGCAUCUUCGCCGGAGAUGUUUUCGACGCAGACCAGCCGAGACCCGACAUGUACAUGUUCCCCGACCACCACCUGCUGAUGAAGAAAUACCUGGGCGAGGAGGAUCCGCAGGCACAGGUCACGAGCAAUCCCGGCACAAUCGAAGCGCUCGUUGUCAUUGCGAUAUGGCUCGAUGGUCAAAAACGCAUAUCGGCAGGCUCAGGCACAGGCAAAGGCGCCGACGGCUCAGGGCCGGGCUUCAUGGCCUACCAUCAUCUGUUGACUCUUGUCUCCGUCUUCCAUCCGAACCUGCGUGUUCGCAAUGCAGCGACGGUCAUGGCGGGGAUUGUCCUGCACACGGACCCGGACGAGGACGACAGGCUCACCAUCUUGGAAGACUUGCUGGAGAAUUGCAUGUUUUCGUCGCUACAGGCGUGCGCUGUCUCGUGGCUGCGCGAGGAAAUGGUGGCGGCAAAGAAGGCGGGGUCCAAGGGCAGGUUCAGCAGCCCCGAGUGCCUGGAGUCGCUCCAGUACACCAUGUUUCCCGACUUGACGCACCUGGCGGACGCCGACGGGGAGGCGCUGCUGGAGUUUUGGACGCAAAGCUCGCCGUUGCUGCUGCAGGUGGCCAACUUUGCGCUGUUUCUGUACGGGGGUGACGAGUACAGGGACCUGGCGCCGGCAGGAAUGGCGGCGGCCAUUGAGCAUCGGUACGUCGACCCCUUGCUGCAGGCGGCCAAGAGGCUGUCGGCGAUGGUGGAGAAGGAGGGCGUCGAGGGAGUGGACGCGGACGCGGGCAGUCUGAUGCAGCUGGGUAUCCUGACGGACGUGCUGGGACGGGUGCCUCUUCAGUGA